AUGCUCUCCUACGUCCUCGGCUCAGCGACGUCCUAUUUCCACUUCCCCAUCGAGGACGAGCCCGACGACGGCGAUGCCCUCCGCCACAUCGCAUGGGACCCCUCCCUCCGAUCUGCAGAUCACACCGAUUCGGACGACACUGACGCCCCGCCGACACCUUCAUCGUCCACCGCGCCGCGCACCCAAAACAGGACAGUCAUACAGGAUAUUUUGGAGCAGGAUGACCUGUACCGGAUCCUUGGCCUGCAGCGGACGUCGCGUAUAGAUAAGCUCGCUCUUCGCCGCGCAUAUCUCUCUCGGAGCAGGGUAUGCCAUCCAGACAAAUUCCACAACAACCCCUUCGCCACCCGUGCCUUCCAAAAAGUCUCCGUCGCCUACGACGUCCUCUCCCAACCCGCCUCCAAACGCGCCUACGACCGCGCCUCCUCCUCCGCCUCCUACGACAUGUUCGCCGCGCGCCCGCGCCCGCCCCCCGAGGACACCUUCCGCGGCGUCGUCAUCAGCGUCUUCAACGAGCUCCUCGAGGGCGACCUCGACGUCGUGCGCACAUUGCUCAGCGCGGUGAACGACAUGAACCCAUCCUUGCGCCUCGGCGAAGACGGCAUCAACUCUGUCCUCCUCACCCUCCAAUCCAUCCGCGAACGUGCGCUCACCUGCCGCACGUGUCUCCUCGCGCUGCACGACGAGCUCAUGCACCUCCUCGAGGUCCAGCGCACCCUCCGCGCGCUCUCCUACUUCGACCUCCGCCGCCGCUCCUGCCUCGCCCUCCGCCUCGCCCGCCUCACCGUCGCCCUUCCCAUCGUCGUCGACCACGCCGUCAUGCGCGAGCGUGGCGCCGACACCGACACCGACGACGGGCAGCGCACCGCCCUCCUCAACGCGCGCAUAUAUGGCCUCCUCCGCGGGCUCGUCGUCGUUCUCGAGCGGAUGGAGCGCAUACUCAGGUGA